AUGGCAACCGUUAUGACAGCCGCCCAGCGGGCUCUUAACUUGCCAGAACUCCUCGGAAUUAUCUUCAUGUUCCUUCACUACCAUCCGGCGGAUACGCCCUUGCCCCCCAAACAUUGGAUAUACCCUUGUAUCCUCGUGAACAAGGUCUGGUGUCGAGAAGCAGUGCCCUACGUCUGGAAAGUGCCCUACGUCUUGAAAGAUACCAAUACUGGCCUGUUUUCCAUAGAAGAACAUCUCGCCACAAUACCUCCUGGACGAAGACAGUUCUAUGUGAACUUUAUUGAGAAAGCCGAUUUUAAAAAUGCCUAUUAUGGCAAUUGGGAUGUCAAUGGGCUUGCUGAAAUAACAUUUUCUCGCUUGAAGUCUCUGACUUUAUUUCCUUACCUGGGCUAUGAUAGGACUUGUCCCCAGAUUAAGGCACCCCGUCUCAAGAGUCUGACUCUCUUUCCGGCGGGCUUGCGUUGCGUUCAUUGUCGACAUAGAGCCUUGAACGCGAUGCUAGAGCAAAUUCCGGAUCUUUUCCCGGACUUGGAAGAACUUACGAUUUCAUUUGACUCUGAAAUUUGUUCUGGAAUAAUGGAAAUGCUCAGGGAGCGGCUACCAAAGUUGAAAAUGUUGGAUGCCUCAGUUGAUUGGGAGGAAAUGGGCUCAGAAGACGACUCAGAAGACGACUCAGAAGACGACUCAGAAGACGAUUCGGAGGAAGACUCGGAGGAAGACUCGGAGGAAGACUCGGAGGAAGACUCGGAGGAAGACUCGGAGGAAGACUCGGAGGAAGACUCGGAAGAAAUCUAG